ACGACAACAACGAGAGGAGGAAGGUCGGCGAGGUCGACGCCGACGACGACGUCGGCGCCGAUCGGUCCACGGUCGUCGCCCUCCCUAAUCCGACGAGCAACUCGAUCCUCUGCGUUCCUCCGUCCGGAGCGUCCUCCCUCGCGAGGAUCAACGCCGCCGACGCCACGACCGUUCCCGCCGCCGACGCCGUCGUCGCCGACGCGACCCGGGACGAUCACCGGGGCACGUUGUUAGACGUGGAAGGGAAGAACGGUGGAGAGGGCGAGCCACGCGUCUCCUUCCCGUGGUGUGUCAUGGGGUGCUUCGGCAGCCAGAGCAAGCCCAAUCAGGAUGACAGCAAAAAUCAGAAGAGGCGAUCCGACGCCAUCACCAGACAGCUGCAGAAGGACAAGCAGGUCUAUCGGGCCACUCAUAGGUUACUCUUGCUCGGAGCGGGAGAGUCCGGCAAAAGCACGAUCGUCAAACAGAUGAGGAUACUGCACGUCAAUGGUUUCAGCGAAGCAGAGAAGCGGCAAAAGAUCGAAGACAUUAAGAAAAAUAUUAGGGACGCCAUCCUGACGAUAACCAGCGCGAUGAGCACGUUAACGCCGCCCGUUACGCUGGAGGACCCGGCGAACCAGAGCAGAAUGGAUUAUGUCCUGGAAGUCUCGUCUUCCCCAGACUUCGAUUAUCCUCCGGAAUUCUACGAAAUCGUCGAAACCCUUUGGAAAGAUCGGGGCGUCCAGCAGAGCUUCGAGAGGAGUAACGAGUAUCAACUCAUUGACUGCGCCAAAUAUUUUCUAGAUAAGGUAGCCAUCGUAAAACAGCCAGAUUACACGCCCACGGAACAGGACAUCCUGAGGUGUCGAGUCCUCACGUCCGGCAUUUUUGAGACGCGGUUUCAGGUCGACAAAGUGAACUUUCAUAUGUUCGACGUUGGUGGCCAGCGCGAUGAAAGAAGAAAAUGGAUACAGUGUUUCAAUGAUGUUACGGCGAUUAUAUUUGUCACGGCGUGUAGUAGUUACAAUAUGGUACUCAGGGAAGAUCCUACGAAGCUGAGACUCAGAGAGAGUCUCGACCUUUUCAAAAGUAUCUGGAACAAUCGAUGGCUCCGCACGAUUUCUGUGAUCCUGUUUCUAAACAAGCAAGAUCUGUUGGCGGAAAAAGUCAAGGCGGGCAAGCACAAACUCGAGGACUACUUUCCGGAAUUCGCGCGUUACCAGACACCAGUCGAACCCGGGGUAGUCGCCGAUCCCUCGGAACCGCCUGACGUCAUAAGGGCCAAGUACUUUAUCAGAGAUGAGUUUCUCCGCAUAAGUACGGCGAGCGGUGACGGCAAACACUACUGUUACCCGCACUUCACAUGCGCCGUUGACACGGAGAACAUCAAAAGAGUGUUCAACGAUUGCCGGGACAUCAUCCAGCGGAUGCACCUGCGUCAAUACGAGCUCUUGUGACUUCGUUCCUGCCGACGUCUCCUGUCACCAUCCGUUAACCUGACCGUCACGCUCGUACUGCAUCUCGAGCUGUAAUCGCUACGAAUGAGCGAACCCUGCGAGAAACUCUGUCGCGAGAGCAUUCGCCGCCAAUCAGGUAACGCGCGCGCCGAGGGCUUCCUCCGGGAUCGAAAAGCGUAGCCGGCGGAAUGGACGACCACGUUCGUCGAGAACGCGCUAGCAGACACCAAGAGAGAAAGGAUUAUGCUUCUUUUCGUCGACAAGAUUCAGUAAGAUGAGCCGGUACGUCGAUAUACGCCUGCUGCUGAAUCUCUCUCUCUACCAUCUGAAGCCUGUCUCUCGCGAGCGAAGCGUUUUAAAUCGUGCAAAAACCCGUGUGUCUCGCUUCGCGGUCGUACGAAACAAAAAAAAAAAAGAAAUGAACGAGCGGCCCCUCCAGCGGGCGUAUUCUCGAACGGUCACUCGACUCUCCUUUGAGUUAGAUGAAAGAGUGUGCUGAACACUCGUCGUCGUCGUCGUCAUCCGAACGACGAUGGCGGGAAUGAAACUCUCGCGCUCGAUCGUGCGUAUGAACCAUUUACCUCGUUAAUUUUAUUCCUAUAUUCGCGUGCAAUCCCGUUCAGGAAACGCGCGGAUCCUGUCGUAAACGUGGGCCAACGUCGUCAUCGGGUGUAAUUCGAGUGACGAUCCUCUUCUCGUUCAACACACUCUUGACGUGAAUUAUUAUUAUUAUCGUUAUCAGCUUAGCGUUAAGGAUGUUUCCUAAGACUUAGGCGAACCUCUCCGGUGAAAAGAAAAAAAAAGAAGAAAAACUUUUACCGUUUUUAACUUUCUCCCUUUUACUCGUUUCACGAAUCUCCGCUACUACCUUGCCUAGCUCCUCCUUACAUCUCGCUUAGAAUCUCCGCGUUCUCCCGUUUUCUUCUUUUGCUUUCGUUAUGAGCUUUCGACUUUCGAAUCUCGAUUCUUUUUAUUAUUAUUAUCAUCAUUGGCCCGAUCCCUAAAAGUCUCAGCCGCGCCCUUUUUACGAGAAGAGUAUUUUGUGACAUUUUACAGUAUUUCGAAGAGCGUUUUAAUUAUAUAAAUAUGUAUCGAGUAUGUACAGGGUGACCGUCCACGGAUUCUCAUCGUUUUUUACGUACAUUUCUUAUCGAUCGAGGUCUCUCACGGAUAUGGACUUUCCCUCUUUUUUCUUUUUUUCCUUUUUUUCCUUUUUUUCGUUUAUCAUGUAUACUGUAACCUUUUUUUUAAAUUUCUCUGUACUUAGACACGCGUACUACCGCAACAGUAAUAAGGUCUGUACAUCCUAGCCCCAAAUGAAAUGUGCCACAGUUCAAGUUCUUCGUUACCACGCAUGCAAGUAUAAUUUUGCGGUACGUUGCACGCACAUGACAUUUUAUUAAACUCGUGUAAAAUUUAAUUGAUCGUUUUACUUUGGCACUGAAAUUCGUAUCUCACUUUCGGAGAGAUCGUCGCGCCCCGAUGAUACGUUGAUGGUAACGUGUACAAAAUUUUUACGCGACUGACCCAAACAGUCAAUCACGGUGGAUCAUUUUUACGGCGAAUGCCCCGGGUCCGAUGUGCAAGAAUCUUAUCUCCCAUGCGCCGCCAUCAUUGCAUCCACUUCUCCCUCGUCGUCGUUACUCGGUCCUAUAUCUGAUAAAUCAUGUGUCAAUUUUUUUCCUGUAAAUUUAACUUUUUUAUGUACAUAUUUUAAUUGGCGUUAUGUCAAAAGAUAACGAAAUGCUUGCACAACAAUGACAUAUGCACAUAGAUCAAGUAAAACUUAAACAUUUGAAGAGUCAGCUCCAAUUGACAGCUGCUUUAUUCCAGCCAUCUUUUUAUCGAAAAUACGAAAAUCGAAGAUCUCUUUGCUAUUAAUAUUUAGUUACUAAAAGAUCGCGUAUUUAUAAUUGUAUAUAAUAAUUUUGUAAAAAAAUAUAUAUAUAUAUUUUGAUGAUAUGUAUCAAGUCUGAAAAUUUAGCAUCGUGUAUCAAAAGGAUUUGCUGUAAUAUAUUGAUGAAGAGAAAAGAAAAAUAAUGCAUUAAGGAUUAAUAUAUUUUGUUAGCUUGGCAUUAAAAAAUAAUCAUUAUAAAAUAAUGCGUUGAAAAGAGCGGAAAGAUUUCGAAGAAAGUUUUUGCGCAUUUACAUCGUCAAUUAUCGAUUUCGAUCUUGUUUUUAGAAGACUCGAGAAUGAUCUAUUGCGUAUAUCAUUGCGUGCUCGUGUUUCGAGGGUAUAAUGCGUAUACGAUAGACACAUCACUAAUGUUUUGCAUAUGUAUAUCAUCGUAUAUGCGAUAUCGUCGUCUAUAAGAUUCUACGGGAUCAAAAGCGAGAACAAAAACUCCGUAAAAUUGCGCACACAAAACACAUUCGUGUAUACAUAUACACACAUUUUGAUAUUAAUCCUUUAGCUACACAUAUAGAUGCAUCUAACAAGACUCGAAAAAUUUGCAGCAAAGUCUCAAGUCAAUAUAGUCGAUUAAUCUUCUUUACAUAAUUUUUGAAGCUUGAAAUUAUUACUUUACAAAUUAUAAUAUAGUUAUUUUAAUAAAGAUAGACAUUUUUUACAUCGUUAUCGCAAUACAUCUCUAUCUUGUUUGAUCAAAGAAGCUCUUUUAAAUACUGCAGCCAAAGGGUUAAUAUCAAUUAUCGACAUACCGUGAUUUUUUUACAGAAAUAAUGGAAUUAAAGCGAGUGAAAUAAAAGUCAAGAGUGAAAUGAGCGAGGUUUCGUGUAAUAUACUGUAAUACACUCGGCCGUUAUUCCUAUUCUUUUUUGAUUAAAAGAUUGUCAAUCGUCCUUUAUAAUCUUUCUAUUAUAAUCCGUGACGGUGCUUGUAUACAUGUUCGACUAAUUUUACGUUCGAUCCACAAAACUAUUUUUAAAAGUAUCGGAAAAGAAUUUUGUUCAUAAUCUUCAUAAACGAUUAAUCACGCGACUCGAUCUUUCACCUCAUACGUUUUAUUCAGGCGACAUUAGCGUCGUGUUUUAAUAUUUUUCACCAUUAAAUUAAUCUAUAUCUCAGGCGCGAUUCUUGCACUCUUUUUCUUUCAUCGUGACUCGACGAGAAUAGGAAUUUCGGGGCAUUACAUAACUGGUAUCCUCUACAUGCCGACGUGUCCACAAACUACGUAACUGUAAUUUCAUAUAUCGAUGUACGUGUAUAUAAAUACGUAGAGUGGUACGAAUAAGGCAAACGUUUCGCCGAACGAAAUUCUUCUCUGCUCUUUUUUGCGCGAUAGAUAAAAUCAAAUGUGUCAAUCGUUUCAUCGCAUUUAGCGUCACACGUGUAACGCACGAUGUUACAUUACAGAAUUAAAUUCGAAAAAUUCUAAUCUGGCUCUAUAAAUAUAACGAGGAUAUACAAAUGACAUUUGGCGGAGAAAGGAAAUGAUACAGCCGCCUCGUUCGUGUCACUAUGUACACUUACAUCUGUCGUACUAGUACAUAAUAGACACACAAGAGCCAUAGUUUGUAACGUUAUUUAUAACUUUGCGAAACGUUAUUUUUACUAUGUGACUGACGUGAUUGAGAGGGAGAGAAAGAGAAAAGGGAUGUGUGAGAAGAAAUGUCGAACGAAGGAGAGAGAAUAUUUCUCUAUCUCUCUUCGCUCGGUUAUUAUAUCUAUUGACAACUUCCGUGAAACUUGAAUGUUCACACCCGGCACAAAGUCAAGUAGAAGCGAGAGUGUAACGAGAGUAAUCUCGCCGCGGGUAUUCUCGUUCCUAUAUAUUUCCCCAUCCCUUCCCUUCCUCUUUUCCUUUUUCCAUAGUAUACGAAUAACCAAAUACGCCCUGAUUUCUUAUUUCGAGAGGUUUACGUAGCGACGUCGAACGGAAAUUAGCGCGAGCAAGAGACAAAUCGAAGCCACGUAAUAACGAAUUUCUAUUGUCCACGUUAGAAAGAGAAAAUAUGUGUGUGUGUGUAUGUAUGUAUGUAUGUGUGUGUGUGUGUGUGUGGGAUACGCAAGAACGAGAUAUCGCUAUUAUCCAUAAAAAAGGAAGAAUUCACGAGUGUUGAUAUAUAUUAUUUGUAUGCGUGUGUGUAUAUGUAUGUGUGUGUGCGUGCAUGUAUUAAAAAACGAGGUAGAAAGGAUGCGAUGUGCCGAAUAAGUAGAUCGAAUAAAUCGAGUUACGUGGCCACGAUUAUGUAGCGCGACAUACACACACAUAUAAAUACAUAUAUGUAUACAUACGCCGAGAUCGCACAAGUUUUUCUUUUCUUUUUUUCCGUACGUAAGUAAACGUAAAGAAAAAACGGACAUGCGAGUAUCUAUAUAAGCAUAUAUUAUUCAUAUUAUAUAUAUUUAUUAUACAUAUAUAUAUGUAUAUAAAUAUAUAUUUUAUGUAUAAUAUUUCUUGGACGCGCGCAGAUAUAUAUCCUUAUUUGUAAAUAAUUAACGGUGUCAGUUUCCGCGUGUUACCGUAAAUAAAGAGCAAUGACGUUAUGAUUUCGGUGGACGUUCGAAUAAAGAUUGCGCGUCUCGUCUAAUUUAAAUCGAGGGACAAGCUAUAUAUGAAUAUAAGUAAAGGAGGUCAUCGUGUCUCGGGCCGAUGAAACGCCGUCACUCGUUGACGACCUAGCGCGAGGUAAAACAACAGCUGAUUGUCUCGUGGAACGCGACCGUGAACGCGAUUUUAAGUCGACGACGAGCGGCCCGUAAAAAAAAAAAAGAAAGCAAUCGAUGCUACGAAAACGCCAAUCGUUGAUAAAGAAAAUAAAAAGAGGAAUAGAUGCAGCACACGUUGUCCGCGAAGCGCAUUAUUGUUUCGUCCUUAGCAAUAUUCUUUGUGGACCACGUCGCGGAUUAUGUAGCCUUAAAUAGCGAAAGUGAAAGUAGACCUGUGCGAUAUUGGAAAUGGCAUAACGAAAAUGUAAAGGGGAAGGAUCCGAGGCAAAACCGCUAAUGAGGAACUAUAUAAUUGCUAGGCAAUUUUGCGAUAUAUUUCCCUUUGCAUUCGGUGAUCUGCGGCUCGGUUGCACUACUAAUUAAUUCGGUCAUUAGCGUCAGGCUAGGAUAGAUCCAUGUUCUCCUUUAACGUAGAAGAAGAGGAAACUAAGCCAGGGGCUAAUGCAAAAAUCUAAAAAAAAAGAAAAGAAAAAAGAAGAGAUGUCUAAAAUAUGAAAAUGACACAUGAUAUAUAUUUUAAAGAUUUGCGUUGACCACCAUACAAGAAUUAAAGACGGCUAAUCACCGGAUUGCGUGAGUGCAACUCGACCCGCAUAAUCUGCGCUGCAAUGAUAGUUGAAAAAAGCCGAGAUCGUUAUGCAUUUCCAAUGAGAGCGCAAAACGUUUACCGAUCUUGUGCGCGUGACUUUGAAUGCUGCGCCACAGAUUAAGAUUAGAUCACGAGCGAAUCAUUAUUGUCGUUACGCUGUUAUUCAAUAAACAAUCUCCUCGCAUUGUCGCAAAUUUUAUUAAAGAAAGUGCGAAUAGUAAAAUCAUUGUAACAUUAAUUAUCUUAUUGUGUCAUCGCGCGACUGACGACUGUCGUGAAUCAUUGUUAGGAGCUGAUCUACUGUAAGUAGCGGCUUGAGCGAGUUCUUUUUUUCGCGUAACGUCGCCGGGACGAUUUGCAGAAUCGGGAGAAUUAAAUUAUGCACAAAUUUAAAAAAAAAAUCUCGAAAGUUCACUCAGACUCGCGAUGAAAUCGUUUUAAUCGACGUCCGACACAUCCGAGCGCAAACUUUGAUUUUGUAAGAUUUAUCUCGUGAAAUUUUAUAUCCUAGUUUUAUAUAUAUUACAUGUGUUUUUCUUAUCGUAAGAGGAAGGCAGAAAGAGAAAAAGAGAGUUUCUUUGCGAUUUCUCGAAAAAUUGAAACCAAAAAUUUAAUUUUAUGGCAAACUGUGCGUCUUUCAUUCAGUCGAGAGCGUUAGAAGCGGAUGUGCGUAUAAGAAUUUCCGUUAGAUAAAAUUUAUAUUAGAGCACACGCGCUUGUAAUUCCACGUUACCAUCUGUCACGAAAAAUAAACCGUAUUUGACGAUUA